UAAAUAAAACUGUUAAGUCUUUUUCAUUAAAAAAAACAAACAAACAAAUUUUAAUGAUUUUGGUUUCUGCAAAAUCCAAAGCAACUCAAUAUGGCGGAAGUAUAUUAGUCCAUACAAGUACAGCCGCUUUCAGUUUCUGAAGAAGAAGAAAACUGACAGAAGCUCAGAAAUGCCACCCAAAUCCUCACAAACCAAACCAUACUUCUUCUACGGCCACCGGAAACCGACUCAACAUCGUCCCACAGUACAAGGAGGCCUCUUUUCCAAUCGCCAAACCAUAAACCCAAAUCGCACCACCAAAAACUCCCCUUCCUCUGCUACCCAAGGCAACUUUCAGCUUCAAAAAUGGGACCCAGAUGGAGUUUCGGGUCUAAAUUCCAGAGACCCAUCUCAGGAAUUCUUCUCUUUAGCUCAGCGUCUAUCACCAAUUGCUAGGUAUAUAGUGGAUUCAUUCAGGAAACAUGGGAAUUGGGGUGCACCCCUUUUGGCUGACCUUAAUAGCCUACGACGGGUUACACCUAAGCUUGUAGCUGAGGUCCUUAAGCACCCUAAUCUUGAUCCCAAAAUUUCAUCCAAGUUCUUCUAUUGGGCUGGAAAACAGAAAGGUUAUAGGCAUGAUUUCUCUUGUUACAAUGCCUUUGCUUAUGGUCUGAAUCGGGCGAAUCAAUUUCGGACAGCUGAUCAGGUUCCUGAGCUGAUGCAUAUGCAAGGAAAGUCACCUAGUGAGAAACAAUUUGAGAUCUUGAUCAGAAUGCAUGGUGAUGCUAACAGGGGUCUUAGAGUAUACUAUGUGUAUGAGAAAAUGAAAAAAUUUGGGGUAAAACCAAGAGUUUUUCUGUAUAACAGAAUAAUGGAUGCUUUGGUCAAAACCAAUCAUUUGGACUUGGCUAUGUCAGUUUAUGAUGAUUUCAAGAAGGAUGGGUUGGUGGAGGAAAGCGUGACUUUCAUGAUCUUGAUAAAGGGCCUAUGCAAGUUAGGACGGAUGGAUGAAGUGUUUGGGCUUUUGGUUCGGAUGAGAGAGAAUCUUUGCAAACCAGAUGUGUUUGCUUACACAGCAAUGGUAAAGAUAUUGGUUGCAGAGCGGAACUUGGAUGGUUGUUCAAAGGUUUGGAAGGAGAUGCAACAGGAUGCAGUUGAACCCGAUGUUAUUGCUUAUUCAACUUUUAUUGCUGGUUUGUGUAAAAAUAAUCAGGUUGACAAAGGCUAUGAGUUGUUCAAGGAAAUGAAACAAAAGAACAUUUUAAUAGAUAGGGGGAUUUAUGGAUGUUUGAUUGAAUCAUUUGUAGCAAUUGGGAAAGUUGGUUUAGCUUGUGAUUUGCUUAAAGAUCUAAUGGACUCGGGCUAUAGGGCUGAUUUGGCAAUCUAUAAUUCUAUUAUUGAAGGCCUCUGCAAUGCAAAACGAAUAGAUAGGGCCUAUAAACUUUUCCAAAUCACAGUUCAAGAAGAUCUUCGUCCUGACUUUUUCACUGUGAGGCCAAUAUUGGUGUCUUAUGCAGAGUCAAAGAAAAUGGAUGAAAUUUGCAAAUUUCUUGAGGAACUGCAGCGAUUAAGCUAUUGCAUUAGUGAUGAUUUAUCCAAAUUCUUCACAUUUAUGGUAGAGAAGGAUGAUAGAAUUAUGAUUGCUUUAGAAGUCUUUGAAUAUUUGAAAGGAAAAGAUUAUUGUGGUGUUCCAAUAUAUAACAUUCUUAUGGAGGCACUCUAUCAGAAUGGCGAGGUGAACAAGGCACUCACAUUAUUCGCUAAGUUGAGAAGUUCAGAUUAUGAACCUGAUUCAUCAACAUAUAGCAAUGCCAUCCAGUGUUUUAUAGAGGUCGGAAAUGUACAGGAGGCAUGUAUUUGCUAUAACAGAAUUAAAGAGUUGUCUUUGAUUCCCUCAGUUACUGCAUAUCGUUCUCUUGUCAAAGGGCUUUGCAAAAUAGGAGAGAUUGAUCCAGCAAUGAUGCUAAUUCGUGACUGCCUAGGCAAUGUGGCUAGUGGUCCUAUUGAGUUUAAGUAUAUUCUCACUAUUAUUAAUGUUUGUAAAAUGAAUGAUGCUGAGAAGGUAAUGAAAGUUGUAGAUGAAUUGCUCGAAGAGGGCUAUUCUCCUGAUAAUGCUGUAUAUUGCGCUGUAAUAUCUGGCAUGUGCAAACAUGGAACAAUUGAAGAAGCACGGAAUUUUUUUGCAAAUAUGAGAAAGCUAAAACAUCUUACUGAAGCCAACUUAGUUGUUUAUGAUGAGAUGCUUGUUGACCACAUGAAGAAGAAGACGGCAGACCUGGUGUUGUCUGGAUUGAAAUUUUUUGGUCUGGAAUCAAAGUUAAAAGCGAAGGGGUGUACUCUUUUAGCAGGUUGAAAAAAAUGAAAACAGGUAGCUUGGUGAACGGUUUGUCUGUAGUUGUUGGAGGAGACCCAUCUAUCGCACUGGAAGAGUUCAAGUGCAUAUUUUCAUUGAGAGAUGAAAGACUACUCCGAUGCUUUUUGAAGGUAACUUUCAACUAAUGAUCGAGUAAUUCAUUGCUAAUUGAAUCGAACUUUUCAUGGCCAAAAGGAAAGCUAACCCUUUGUCCGGAGACAAAAGGAGAGAAGUGAAAUGUACCUAAGUUUCCCUUUGUUUGUUUCAAGGGAUUUGGCAAAAGAUGGAUGGCAUUUUAAUUUUGGAGUUUUCUCUCCUAUUUCCCUCUUGUAUUUUUUCUUAAACAUCGGUUCUAUCAGUAUAAGCUUGACUAAUCUACCACACACAGCUUGUCCUGUUAUCAAGCGCAAUUCACCAAGGUAAUCUUGAUCACCAAGACUGGAGCUGAUGGAGUAACACCAAGUGUUAUGGUUAUGAUUCUAACCUGGGUGAUGCAGGUUACUCCUAUGCCUCGGACACUAGGUCAUUCCCUUGGGGACUCGAUACUAUACUUUCCUCUUAGCUUCCUGACAUAGGAAAAUGGAAAAGUUGAUUCGGCUCUCAGCUGGCUUAUGACCCUGCCAUGAAGCCCCGUCCAGCAGUGGCAUUUGUGAACUCUGCUAGUGUAGCACCAUCUAAUAACCAGUUUAGAAAAACUUGCAUUUUGUUAUUAUGAUAAAAGAGUGCAAAUAAUAAAUUCUUUCUUCUUGCA